GCGCGCCGACGCGCGCGCCGACGCGCGCCGACCGACCGCCGCGCGCGCGCGCCGCGCGACGCCGCGCCGCCGCGACCGCGCGCGCGCGCGCGGGCGCGACCCGCGCCGCGCGCCGCCGCGCGCGCGCGCGCGCGCGACCCGCGCG